CUCGUCAAAAGCAGGACUGAGCGCGUGCAUGGACGUCAUUUACUGAGCUCUCGAAGCCUCGUGGCCGCUGUGAAUCAUUUAUGUGCCUUUAACUCGGACACACUGGACUGUGUCUUGGUCGCCUUGCGUUGUUCCCCUUGUGAAGCCCUAUAGUGCAUCUUGGAUUGUUGUCUGUGAACGUGUAGGACUUGAUUUUUUGUUGUUGUCAUAACUGGGAGCUCUUCCGCGACCCCGCACGUCAGUCUUCGACGCCUGCACUGCUCGAUGCCCUAAGUGACCGCUACCUCCGCUACGAUGACGCUGAACGACAGUGGCGGACCAGUGGGUGUUUCUCGGCCCGCAUACACACAGUCGGGAUUCAACGACACCUAUGUGCAUGUGCCCAAGGCCCGAUCGGGUUCCGUCGAUGUUCUACGCAAGUAUGGACGCAGUCAGUGCUCUACGAAAAAGAUUAAGGCCGGCGUGACGACGUUGUUCCCCGUCUUUGGUUGGCUAAGGACCUAUAAAGUGAAGGACUAUCUUCUUGCCGAUAUUGUGACGGGGUUUACAGUAGCCAUGUUUCAAGUGCCUCAGAGCUUGGGUUACACGCUUCUGGCAGCAGUACCCCCUGUGUUUGCUCUUUACAACGCCAUGUUUCCUAUGAUGAUCUACAUUCUGCUGGGCACUGUACGGCAAGCAUCUGUCGGAGCGGACGCAAUCAUGUCCAUGAUGACUGGAGGUGUGGUGCGCAGCCUAAUCCCGGGUGAACAUCUUGGUCAUCACUCCAUGGUGGCAAUUCACAAUGCCACAGAAGGGCAUUACACGGUUCCAGAGGUCACCUCGGCGCUCUGCUUCACCAUAGGCGUCAUACAGUUGGCCUUUGGUCUACUAAACCUGGGCACGUUGAACGUGUUCCUGUCGGAGCAAAUGGUGAACGGGUUCGCCACUGGCGUCGCCGUGCAGGUUGUCAUCAGCCAAUUGGGGGCCCUCUUUGGCAACCAUGUGCCUCAUUUCAGCGGCAUGUUCAUCAUUUACAAGACCAUCUACGCGUUCUUCGAGCACAUCCGCGAAGUGCAGUGGCAGACAACCGUUGUGGCCUUCGUCGCUAUACUCGUCAUCAUGUUGGUGAAAUUGUUCCUCGAUCCUCCCGUCAUUCGGCGACUGGGCAUCCCCCUGCCCAUUGAACUCACUGUGGUGGUGCUGUUCACUGUGGCAUCUCACUACUUAGACCUCCAUGGCAACUACGGCAUCGACGUAGUGGGCGAGAUUCCUGAGAAGCUUCCAGAACCGACGUUGCCAAGUUUCAAUGCCCACCUCAUCACAACGCUCCUUCCUGAAGCCUUCGCCUUUGCAAUCGUCAGCUUCUCGAUCACCUUGUCGCUGGGCCGGAUCUUUGGGCAGAAACAUGGCUACGAAGUGAACGCAAAUCAGGAGUUUUUAGCCCUCGGUGCAAGUCACGUGUUUUCGUCCUUCUUCUCGUGCUUUCCAAUCGCAGCUUCGGUGCCUCGAAGCGCGGUCCAAGAAGGAGCUGGUGGGAAAACACAGUUGGUGAGCGUCGUAAACAUCGUCAUCAUCAUUUUUAUGGUUCUCUUCCUGGGUCAUUACCUUGAGGACCUGCCCGUGUGUGUACUAGCUGCUAUCAUCGUCACAUCUCUCAAGAAGAUCGUCAUGCAAGUACAAGAUUUCAAGCGAUAUUGGGACCUGUCAAAAAUCGAUGGACAAGUGUGGAUGGUGUCGUUCGCAUCUACAGUCAUCUUUGACGUCAUCACUGGGCUGGCCAUUGGUGUUGCUUACUCCCUUCUGACCCUCAUCUACAAGAUCCAGAGGCCUAAAACGUUCCUUUUGGGUUCAGUCGCCAAUACGGAAUUUUAUGUCCCAAUCAAGAGGUACCAAAUGGUAGACGAAGUUCCCGGCAUAAAACUUUUCCAUUUUGGGGGUGCAAUGCACUUUGCGAACGCCGAGUACUUCAAGGAUCAACUUAACAAGCGCGUUGGCUUUACAGUGCAAGAAGUUUUGAAAGCCCGAAAAAGAGCUCAGAAAAGCUCCGUCUCCUCACUAGUCAAGGUUCCCUCAUCUGAUGUGAUCGGAGACACGAAGCCUCCUUACAACAGCAGCGUCAGCGACGUCUCCAUCAAGUCUACGAUACCUUGCAUCGCUGAGAUGCUUAAUCUUCCCACCCACAUCGUCCUAGACUUCAGCAGAGUCACUUUCAUAGACGGAUGCAGCGUUAACGUUCUCAAGCAGCUGAAGCGAGAUUACGACAGCAUCGACAUAAAACUUCUCAUCGCUUCUUGUUCUCCUUCGGUGUUCAACUUCUUGCACAAGGGAGGAGCCGUGGAAUUACUCGGGUCUGACGCCUUCUUCCCAUCCAUAUUUGACGCUGUUCGGGCAGCACUUCAUCCAAACAAGUUCAUCGGUACCAUCAAAGAACAAGACGAAAUGCAUCCUGAAGUUAGCGCAUUUCUGUAAACUUCGAAAACGAAUGACAUUCGUGGGCACUCUUGUGACGUCACAUCCUCCGAGAAGUCCGGAACUGCUCGAUGGUGACGGACGUUCGACUGUACAGCUCUGUGUUGUAUUUAUCAUCGAUAUUUUAAUACAUUGUCUUAUUUAUAUCAUUA